CGCUAAUCAACGCGGCAGGGACCGCUUGGCGGCUGUCAAAACUUUUGACAGGAGCUGAUUGUUCAGGUCUUACACACCUUCUCUAAUCUCCACAUUUGUCUCUAUGAGAACCCCACUGUCACCACUUGCGAUUGAAACGAAAGAGAAAAACAUGAGAGAAACGAAACCAGAUCACACAGAAAGAAAGAAGGGACUGCAUAGCAAGAGAGCUUUCGGUUCCAUUUCGGCGAACGACACGCCAAGGGCAGCACCGCAGGACCUCGGACCAGCUUUCAUGUUUUUCCUCGUCCAUUCUCUGAUAUCGAUUCAGCAGUUGAUAAAGAACGCCGCGGGGGUGCAGCAACCAUGCUUCUCUGCCCUCUGGCGAUAUCAAAAACCUUGCGUCGGAGAGCCGGAGCGUACCAGAAACGUCAUGAUCGAGUCGCGUUGCUUACAUACAGCUGCAGGGUACCUCCGUACCAACGUACGUCAAACAGAUUAUCUGCCCGUGGUGUCAAGCAUCAGCAGGAGCACGGGGACAGCGGGACAGCGUUGUGUCAGCCAUGCUGCGUCCUCGGGCUAUCGAACCAUGGGCCUCCAAUUCUCCCAUACCUGCCCGGGUUCAGGGUUGUAUGAAGAGUACCGCCCAGCCAGCGCCAACCUAACAUCAGGCGAUAAUGACAUCGCCAUUCACGGCUGCAAUGGCACAGAUCGCCUGCCUCUUUGCCGAGACCGCGUCUUUCUGAUGGAUCAAGUAAGGUACUCGUACCUUAUGUACAGUACAGUACGGAGACAUAAGGUACCUUUACUUCCCUGGCCAAACGUCACUCCAAUACCUACACCGUGCGCAAUAUGGAGACAUGUCAGAUGGCAGGAGACAAUUGGGAAGGCUCCGUUCCUUCUUCUGUCUUUCACAUUUCUUAUCAAGAGGCCGACCAGUGCUGGAAAAGGGGGAAACUUUAAUGGUGUGCUCCACAACCUCAGUAACAAGUUUAUCCAUCACAAUGACCACGUGUAUCUGCACUAGAUACACUCGCCAUAAUCGGUGAACGCCCCUGAUCACCGAGUGAGUUCACCGCCGAACAAUACCCGCCAGCGCGGCAGUUGCUACCCCUUGGCAAAGCUCCUCUGCAUGUCAGAUAUAUUAGCAUCCCUCGGCCGCGUUCACAGGCAACCCGUUGGCCUUAAUUACUCGUUGCAUCACACUGCGCAGACGGCUCCUGCAGGAA